UCCGUCCUGCUGCAAUGCUGAUAGAAAGGUCGUCUGAUUUUGGGAAAACAUGGCAAAUAUAUAGGUAUUUUGCCUAUGACUGUGAAAGCUCCUUUCCUGGAAUUUCAACUGGACCCAUGAAGAAAGUGGAUGAUAUCAUUUGUGACUCGCGAUACUCUGACAUUGAGCCUUCAACUGAGGGAGAGGUAAUAUAUCGUGUUUUAGACCCUGCUUUUAGAAUUGAAGAUCCAUACAGUCCAAGAAUUCAAAACCUCCUAAAGAUAACAAAUCUGAGAGUCAAAUUCGUCAAGCUGCACACUCUGGGAGAUAAUCUCCUGGAUUCCAGGAUGGAGAUCAGGGAGAAAUACUACUAUGCCAUUUACGACAUGGUGGUUCGUGGGAACUGCUUCUGCUACGGCCAUGCCAGCGAGUGUGCGCCAGUGGAUGGCUUCAGUGAGGAGGUGGAAGGGAUGGUCCACGGGCACUGCAUGUGCAGACACAACACCAAGGGGUUAAACUGCGAGCAGUGCUUGGAUUUCUACCAUGACUUACCCUGGCGACCCGCCGAAGGCCGCAACAGCAACGCGUGCAAAAAGUGCAACUGCAACGGCCAC